AUGAAAUCUGAUGACACAUUACCACGAGUCACAUCCCCACGCAUGUAUAAUGAUGGCAAUAUAACAUUUGAAGGAUUAAUGGUGGUUUUUGCUUCAUUUUCCACUUAUUUGCAAUAUUUAAAUAUUUAUAGAUCAGUGUGGUGGUUACCCAAUUCAAAUUAUACUUUAUGGAAAAUACACUUGAUUGAUUAUCAAGUGGUUAUAUUUAUACUAGCUAUGCAUUGUCGAAGAUUUAUAUAUUGCUUAAUAACAUGGGUUUUCCACAUGUUAUGUCCUCAAAAUUAUUGGAAAUUUAUAAGAUUAUUCAUUAGAUCAUUUGUUUCCGUCACACUAUUUCUUUUAUUAGCUCUGUUAGCAUUUGAUCUAUAUUUAAAGUAUGACUAUUUAAUAAUAGUUUACUUAUUUAUGCCAAUAAUUGGUUAUUUAUGCUAUUAUGGUUUUAAAGCAUGCCCAUUUUUCGAUAUGAUGUGUAUUAGUGAAAAAGAAAUAAUUAUCAAUGGAAAAUCAUUAAUUCAAUAUACAAAUAUGCACAUAUGUACAUCAAACCCAAAAAUUAUUCGAUCAGAAGUGGAAAACAUGAGAGAUGAUUUUAAUAAUAGGCUAACCCAAAUACUGUUUUCUUCUUUUUUUUCAGCAUAUUAUGCAUGCUUUUUGCCACUAGUAUUUGUACAAGUAUGUUAUUUUAUUGUUUUAUCAAACACAUAGUACUUCAUCAUUUUCUGAUUUUUCAAGUGUGAAUCUGUUUGUAGUGGAUAUUAAAAAAAUAUUUGUCCACUAUUGACAAAAUAAACCAUAUAGAUACCUCUUGGCUGGUCUGUAAGACUAUUUACAAUUGUCUCGUCUGUUAUAGAGAUKUUACACUGUUAAGAGGUGUCUGUAUUUUUUAAAUAGGUAUUUUACUAUAUUAGCAUCUAUAGAAAUACAACUAAUCAAUUACUUAUAAAAAUCAGUAUAUUGUGUUUUACCUACUACAUUCAUAAUUAUUUUAGAGGGAAAUUAUCCAAGUAUAAACUAUGUUAUAAAGUAUUUAAAUUUAGCCAUACUAAUUUAACGCUUGCUCGGAUUGGGCUUCUGGGCAAUAUGAAAGUCUUAUAUAUCAAAAAUURACUAACAAUUCUAAUAAUAUCAUAUUGGUUUUUGUUUUUACUGAUAAUUCAAAUUUCAAAUGUUUUUACGUACACAAGUUUUA